GCACUUUAAAAAAAAAAAGGUGAAAACUGAGUUUUCUAAUGAGGAUAUGAAUAGGCCCAUAAUGAAUAUAAAUGCCACAGGUAAUGCAUACUAGCUAAAUACAAUAGGGACCACAUGACCUUUAAUACAAAAAUGCUAAUGCAACAAACUCAUUAGAUCCUCACUAAGAUGCAGUUUAAUUUUACUGGUCUUUCACAAAUCAUGGCCAUCCCUUCAAAUAAUAUUUUGGACACCCUGAGACUUAUUUUUCCAUAUCUGUUCUGUUAAUAAAAAAGUGUAAUCUAGGCAUUAAAAUGGGGCACUAGUAGCCAGGACUCUUCUCUGAGUUCAGAUAAAGUCUUGUCUUUGGGCAAAUAGCCUGUACUAUCAUUUUCAAAUGUGAGUGCCUACAAUUAUAGAUUUACAUCAAUAUAUAUGGACCCUAAAGAAAAGUGGCUUGAGUUUUAGAAAUCCAGCUGUCUUCAAUGGGAGCUCUGGGUACUUAAUACUGAAGAUCAGGCAGUUUUAUUCAGGCCUUGAAUUAUAGAUUUAAGUGUCCAUCUUUAGGAACUCAAGUUUGAAAAUGCUGGCCUUACCUUUUCUGUGCCUUAGUUUCUCCAACUUCAAAAUUAGGAUUAUAAUAUAUAUCCAUCUAGCCAGUGGUUUGAGGAUUAAUGUUUGUUAAACACUUUAAGAUGUUCAUGUGAAAGAGGUUCUAGAAAUGCAAAGUAUUAUGACAUGCUUGACAUCAGAAUGUUCUGAAAUCAAACAUGCUGAGUGGCUAAUAACUUCUAGGGUGCAAAGAGAUACUUCAAGAAGAGUAUCUUUUUUACAUUUACUCAAAUUGGCUUUCAAAUAAAAAGGUGAUUAAAUCAAUUAAUGGAAAUAAAAUAUAGCAUGGUCUGAUGCUGCAAGCUGUACAAAGUCACAGUGAAGAUACUGAUAUAAAAUAAACACCUUGGCAAAAGAUAGCUAGGCUCAAAGCAGAUACUCCUCUUGCAAGAAUAUUAUUUUCCGUAACUUCAUUUUGUUACUCAUACGGCCUAGCCAGCAUAAUGGUACUGCGCCCUCCAGGCGGAGGUUCCAAUUUCAACUUGGGCUUUGAUUUGCCGAAAGAGCAGCCAGUGCGAAGGAACAGAAUGGCAUCCAACAUCUUUGGUCCUCCUGAAGAGACUCCACUUUCUAAGGCUGAAUCAACAGGGAUCAUGCCCAGAGGUGUGAGAGAAGAUUCUGAACCACAAAGGAGAAACUCUUCUGAUGCAAACUGUGGGGACUUCAUAGAUCCAAAGGGCGGGGAAACUGGUGACACUGUUGAAAACAUUGAGGCUGAUGUAGAAGCUGCUCCAGGCCAGAGUGACGAAAAAACCCUGCCAGCUGCACCUGUUCCUAGCCCAGUAGCACCAGUACCUGCACCAUCCAGGAGAAAUCCACCUGGUGGAAAGUCCAGCUUAGUCCUUGGUUAAACCUGUUCCUUUCUGUUUUGAACUCGUGUCUGUUUCUUCCCCCCCGCUUGUGAACUGCACAACUUGAGCCUGACUGUACAUCUAAUUCCUUUCAUUAAAAAGAAGCACUUUAUGUACUGCCAUUUUUUAAAGAAGCUUUUUUUUUUCCCCACUGUUUUGUCUGCCCAGGAUCUACUGGAAGUGACAUGGGUUUUUUUUUUUUUUUUCUAGUAGUAAACAUGAGGGAAAUUGUGGACGGAUAGUAAUGUGUUUCAAAUGAGACUAGAUUGGUUCUAAAUGUGCUUAGAGGGUUUUUGUACUGAGACUUCUUUUUUUAAAAGAACCUCUUAGUCAGCUUUACAAGGGUUUAGGAUUCUGAUUGAACAGGAGGCAAACAAUAAGAGUAAUCCCCUUUACCACACAACUGUUGGUUGAUUUCCCUGUGGUAAAUGUCUCAAGCCCUACUGUGCCAUAUAGAACAAUACAGAAGUAUGAUGCUAAUGUAUGCCAUGCUGCCUUUAAUAAGGGGUAUCUUAGAGUUGGACCAUUAUGAAAUGGGGCAUGUGCCAUAUGUAGGGCUGAGAUGCCUGUCCUAAUAUUGAGAGGUGGAUUUAGGUGUAUAGCAAAACUUUAAUUCAGUAAAGGUGGAAUGAGGAGUAGAUCAUACAAGAGUGGCUA